AUGGGCGCAUCCGUGUAUGGAUCAAAACGAAUGGACAACAGUGGCGAUCGUUCACUUCAAGUUCCCGGCUUCGGCGAUAUCCCUGUCGAGUUUGAGCUCAGAUGCGAGGACCGAUUUGCUCAUGGCAUAAGGGACUGGCAGCAGGUACCAGCCGUAACAGCGCGUGAACUGGCCAUGGUCGCAGUGAUGAAUGCUGUGACUGAUAAGCCUGCGUGGCACGUCAACAUAUUCAACGAGAAGAUUGUCGGAGAUUGGCGGGAAGAGGCCUUCGCAACGACACCACUCAUGAGCGAAAAGGCCUGGAACUGGUGCAUGGAUGAACUACGGGACAAAGCAAUCCUGUUCGGCGAGAAUCAAUAUGUUCGUGUUUUGGACACCGGAUCCUGUAUAUGUAAAUCCGAUACGUUACUUCAUGAAUCUCUCGGUGCCGAGUUUCGAUCUGGAAUUGCGCCUUUACUCGAGCGACCGGACAAGGAUUGGCAGCCCAAAUCCGACAGGCAAGUGCUGAAUAUCGUGGAUCCUUCUUUAUUCCCAUUAGUGUAUGGCAGGAGCCUAGUCUUAGCAGACGGCGGCCAAGUCAACCUUGAAAAUGUUCUAGGAUCGUACGAGCAUGCUACUGUGGCACCAGAACAUCUUGAUAGACGAGUUGACUCGGCAAACGUUCAAAAGCAGAUGGAAGAAGGGGCAACAGAAAUCUUGAGGCUAGGGGUUGACGAGUACGAUUCGGAAUGUGCGCAUUAUUUCUGGAGCUCUAAUUACCAGUACCUUCCGUCGGACGUGGAGUUCUCGAAGGACGUCGGAACAGAGAUUCGGAUCACGUCUUACAUCAAUAACCUGCACCUUCACAUACAGUGCUAUAUAAAUAAAGACUGGGGGUACGGUUGGGAUCAUGCCAAUCAAGGUCAACGAGGACCAAUUCCACUGCGCAUCUUAACAUAUGGCGUGGAGUGGGAAAACGAAUACCCCAAAUGGGCGCUCUCUUUUAAUGUACCCGCACCCGCGAGAGUGGAGAGAUACCUCGAAGCGCAAGAAAUGUUACGCAACACGACUGAAGUGAAAACUGCAGAGGGGAAGAAAAAACGCCUCGCAGCAGAAAGAUUAAUCGGAGGCUAUGGAGAUGUCCGAGAAGGACUGAAUAUGGGCAAGCCAUCCCCCGAGUUAUGGAAUAUGGCGAAAGAAUAUCUUGAACGCCCCGAAAACGGAUCGUCCGAUAAGGUGAAGUUACCAGAAGACUGGGCGGAGGAUGAACUCACUACAUGGUAUCAGCUGCUGAGGAAACACGAGCGUUUGCUUUUCUUCAAGCAUCCAGAACCUGGGACAGCCUUUUCAUACCAGGAUUGGAAGACUGGUAACAGCAAUGAAGCAAUAGUCAGUAUGGUCACCGAAGGCAGCCCUUUUGUCGACAAUCUCAGACCAGUAGUCCCAGAUCACAAGCCCUAUGUAAUCAAUCUACAAGAUACUUUCCGCAAGGAGGGUUUGCAAGUUAUCGUCAAGAUUGAUGGCAUUGAGCUCACGCCUGAGAAUCCAAGAUAUCCUGGUAGUAAUUGGAAGCUCGAAGGACAAAUGAACGAGCAUAUAGUAGCCACGGCCAUGUAUUCCUACGACGUCCAAAACGUCACCCACACCUGCAUUUCAUUCCGUCAAGAGACCCCGAUAUGGGAACACUUUUACAGAUAUGCCACGCACAGGUUUGCGAAAGAAAAAUGGGAGCCCUGGACCAAGCCAGCCGAAAGAUAUCACAAGGGUGGGAAGGAAAUUGCAGCUAUUGCUGAAAUCCUUGGAUUUCGAGAAGAGGAUCUUUGCAAAGAAACGAUACCUGCUCAUGAGAUUCAGCCUUUUCAGAAUAUAGGGUCCAUUGUCCUGUCAUAA